AUGGUCAAGCUUGGCAAACUCGAAAGUGAGGCGGAACAAUCCUUCAAGUUUUUGGGAUCCGAUGAAAAGGUCAAUCUCAAAAGCGUAGAAUCACUCCAGGAAAUUGAUGUCAGCCCUGUCAAGAUUACCAAGGACAACUUAAAGCAGACCAAACCAUGGGUGCAUUUCGUGGCCGGUGGCAUCGGUGGGAUGGCCGGUGCGAUUUUUACCUGUCCUCUUGAUGUUGUCAAAACCAGAUUACAAUCAUCCGAGUACCGUGAGAUGUACAAACACCAGUCUGUGAAGAUUACUGCCAACAGCAAGGGAAUCCGCAGCACCUUCAUAACUAAUAAUCCGUUGACCCAGGCUGGGGUCCACGUCAGCGAGACGAUGGGAAUCAUCGGUAACGUGUACAAAACUGAGGGGUUCCGUGCGUUAUUCAAGGGUUUGGGUCCGAACUUAGUUGGGGUAAUUCCUGCCAGAUCCAUUAACUUCUUCACCUAUGGGGUAAGUAAGGAUGUGUUGUCACAGUACCUCAAUGGCGGAAAGGAGUCCACCUAUAUUCAUUUAUUGGCGGGUAUCUCCGCUGGUAUCGUCACAUCCACUGCAACCAACCCUAUCUGGUUGAUCAAGACCAGAUUGCAGUUGGACAAGGCGAAAAACAAGGCGUAUAAGAACUCCUGGGACUGCUUCACCUCUAUUUUGAAGUAUGAGGGUGCGGGUGCCUUGUAUCGUGGGUUGAGUGCGUCCUACUUGGGCUCCGUCGAGAGCACUAUUCAGUGGGUGUUAUACGAGCAGAUGAAGUCAUUGAUUAACGAAAGAUCCUUGAAAAACCACCAGGAGGGCAAGGUCAGAACCUCGUGGGACUCGGUGAUGGAAUGGUCCCAGAGAUCUGGUGCGGCCGGUGCGGCCAAAUUCUUUGCCUCCUUGAUCACCUAUCCCCACGAAGUUGUCAGAACAAGAUUGAGACAGGCUCCGCCCACCAAGGACGGCAGACCAAAGUACACCGGCUUGAUGCAGUGCUUCAAGUUGGUUAUCAAGGAGGAGGGAUUCAUCAGUAUGUAUGGUGGGUUGACAGCCCAUUUGUUGAGAACCGUGCCGAACUCUAUCAUCAUGUUUGGUACAUGGGAAAUUGUGAUCAAGUUGUUGUCAGACGACGAUAGCGUUCCGUUGAGUUAA